UGAGUUAAAGGGUGCAUGGUUCGUCUUCCAGGUUACAGUCGUCUCCACUGACUGGUGUUUACCCCACGAUCGGUAUCUUCCUCGCAGGCGAACAAGCAUUUUGCGCCUGUGCUGUUCAGCGAAGGUUGGAAAGAUGGGAAAUGCAGAAAGCAACGUGUAUCAGAAUUACCUUUCCAGAUUCCUUCCUGAGGAGCAGUCUGACAUUGAUGGAGUAUUUGACACCAUAUCAGGAUCGAGUGGUUCAGCUGAAGGAAAAAAUAGCAAAGCUACAAAGAAAACUGUGACUCUGGCAGCACUGCAGGCGUAUACACGGGAGCCAUUACCGGAGCAAAUGACUGUUCGGUUAUACAAUGGAAUGAAAAGUAUUGCCGUAACUGGGAAAUCAUCUGGGCUGAAUGAACAGAUUUCUAAGGAGCAGUUUGUAAUUUUUAUGUCAAACCUCUUAAAAGGGAAUGCAGAUGAGAAGAUUACCAUAAUAAUGAAAAUGAUCUCCAAUACAGAAGGGCCUGUGAAAGGCAAGCAAAUUCAAGAGUUCACAGAGGAUCUGAUCAUGUCUGUAGUCCAUGUACUGAGCUACAGAAAGGAACUGAAAGGUUGGAAUUUGGAGAAUACUAGGGAUUCUGCAAUUGGGGUAAAGGCUCUGGCUUCUCAGCUGCUAUCAGAAUUGAAGCUUGCAGAUGGGACAAAACCUGUGGGUCCUCAGUUGAUGGAGACAAAUUUUGAUCAAAGUGUCAUUGAGGAUUGGGUGUACCGAGUUCCCCAGAUCUCAGUUUUCCUCAGUGUUAUUACCAGGCAAGGCCUCCAUGUUCUGCAUUCUCUCACAGACCAAACCAAAGACAUACUCAACCUGGUUCCAAGCUGCAAAGGCAUCAAGGGAAGAGGAUUUGUCAGUCUCUUUGACAUCCCAUCCAUCAUAUACAUCAACUCCCACUUGCCUGCAGAGCUACAGCACAAGUGGCAGCUUUUAUUUUCUUCUAGGCUUCAUGGGGAAAGCUUUUCACAGUUAUGUGCGCAUAUAGUGAACAAGGGUCCUUGCCUAAUGAUCUUAAAGGACUUAGAUGGUUAUAUCUUUGGUGGGUUUGCAUCUCACUCCUGGGAGGUGAAGCCACAGUUUCAAGGUGACAACAGGUGCUUUCUGUUCUCUGUUUUCCCCUCUCUUGCUGUUUACACAUACACAGCCUAUAAUGACCACUACAUGUAUUUGAACCAUGGCCAACAAACAAUGCCAAAUGGACUUGGUAUGGGUGGACAACACGGGUACUUUGGACUCUGGAUAGACAGUGACUAUGGGAAGGGACACAGUAAAGCAAAGCCUCGAUGUACCACCUACAACAGUCCCCAGCUGUCAGCAAAAGAGGAUUUUACACUGGAUGCCAUGGAAGUUUGGGCAGUGGGAGAUCUCCCGGAAAGUGCAGGGAAAAAGGGUAAGAAGAGUAUCCUGGAUGUAGAUCCUGAGGCUCAGGCCUUAUUAGAAAUGGCUGGAAAAAGUCGUCUGAGCGAAGGUCUACGAGAAACCGUUGAAGAUGAUGAGGAUGAUAACUGAAAGAAUCACUGUAACAUGAAAAUCCUUUAAUUUCCUCCUGAUUGUUAAUGUUCCUUGGACAGGAUAUUUUUUCCUCUUUUUUUUCUUUUCCUUACAUUUACCUAAUUAUCUGGGACAAAGCUUAAGUCUCAUACAAUAUUUAGGUCCCAUACAAUAUCCUAUACAAUUACUAACUUCAUGAUUUAUGUGUGUGUAUGUAUAUAAGGACUGUUCAAGACACUGAUUAAGUCUCUUAUACCUCAACUGCACUUAUUUAUUUGCAUGCAAACUAUAAUGAUGUCUUACUUUGGUAGACACAGGUUAGGCCACAUGUUUCCAUAUGAAGGAUGCUAUUAAUCCACAUUGCUUCAGUUAAAGCAUUAAAUUUCAUGUUUUCCAAGUUGCAUUUUCAACAAUGGGCUGCAAGAUGUCCAAAAUUGUAUGUAUAUGGUAUUUAGUUUUGUAAUACUACACAGUAGUGCAGUUAAGAAAUUUCCCUAUUGCUUUUUAAACUUAAUAGAACAGAACUAUUGAAAUAAUUCAGCCAUAUUCGACCUAAGAAUGGGCCAAACCUCCAGCAGAAAUUGUCUAGAGAAGGUACGAUCUUUAGUAGCCUCACUUGGGACUGGAGUAAAAGAUCAGGCUGUAAAAAAGGUUGAGAAGCAUCCACAGGUAAUUGGGAAGAGUAGCUGCAGAUGCCUUGUAAGAAUUUUUUUAAAUCACCAUUAUGUUUGUAACAUGUUUAAAGAAAACUUUAUUCCCACAUAAUUAAUCGUUACUUCAUUAUGGAAAAAAACUGCACAUAAUGUAAAAUGUACUUGGUUGGGUUUUUUGCUGUUUUGUCGACUGUUCACCGGUCAGCAAACAGUGUUGUCAUGUCUCUUGUACUCAGAGCUUUUUCUGCUUGAAUCUGUUCACAUCUACCAGUAAUUAUUAGUUUGACCUUGCUAAUUCUAUGUGUAAUUAACUUGUGAAAAAUAGCCCUAAUUUCUACCAGGGACUGUCAUUUCUAACCCAGCAGAUUGUGUUUGGUUAUUAGUUUGUAUGUCUGUCAGUCUUCCUCCUCCUAAGGAAAAGGACCUUACAGAAUCUCCUUUGUCCUAGCAUGAGUUCUCAGUGCAGCUUAGAAAAAAAAAAAGUGUUUUAACUGUCUAUAAAAUACUGCAGUCCCUUUUUUUCCACCUGAUGUUUUUCAUAGGGAGCCAAAUUGUAAUGUUCUGAAUAAUCUGCAGUUGUGCCUUAAUAUAGAUCCUAUUUUUAAAACUUCUACUAAACAAUAUGAAUUUAACCUUGAAAGGAGAGCAUGAAGAAAUCAAUCCAGCCAGACAUCCUGGAACUCAACUAUGCAUUUUGUAUGCUACCUGAACUAAUGAUUGGGGCAUAUAUGCUAUUUGUUCUAGUACAGAGUAUGCUGUGAAAGGCCUGAAUUAAUGUUCUUUAGUCUUGUAUUUGCUUAAGUGAACCAGAUGGUCUACUAAGUUUGUAACACAUAGAAAAAAUGUAAGUAUUAAAAUAAUUACAGAUACUUCUGUAUUU